AUGCCUCCCUUCACGACAUCGCCUGCGGUGACCGCCCUGCUGGCGCCUCUCCUUGGCUCGAACCAUGCACUGCGCAUUUUGGGCCGUCGACAACAACAGCAGCUGGCCCUGAACUUGUCCCGCCAUGCCGUCUUUUCGCGCCAGUCGUCCAUGUCGGCGAUCGUCCGGGGUCUGCGCCGCUCGUUCCGGGACCCCGACGGCAAGCGACCGCCCGGCUACAACCCCGAAGUGGCGGCGCAUGUCAGACAGCGGCGGCAAGAGCGCGAGGCUGCCGAGGUGCCCAAGUACAAGCUCUUCCGGGGCAAGAAGGAUGUUACAAAGCCACCCAUUCCCAAGGCCAAGACGCGGCGAGCGCGGUUUUUUGAUCCGGACGACGAGUACGGCAAGAAGAGUCUUGUGUACCAGGCCAAGACGGGCAAGCUGGAGGCGGAAGUGAAGUCUCUUGCGAGGCAACGGGCACGUGACAGAGGGGAGGAAGAGUACGAAGAGAGGGAUCGGCGGUCAUUCCGGAGGGAUGAUGGUGGGCGCCGCCGCCGAGAUAGCAGAGACAACGACUUUGACAACGACUUGGAAUCGCGGUCGAGGUCAGGACGGACAAGUGGUGUGUCGUUUGGCGGCCGCGAUGGUCCGAGAUCCAGACAGGGCGUGACUGGACGACGCGACCGUGACCGGAGAGGCGAUCUUGACGAGCGUCGGUCGUAUGACCGUGACCAUGCUCCCGAGAGACGUGACCGCGGUUCUGAACGACGAUUCGACACAAGAUCCGACACGCGAUCCGAGCGCCGCUUUGGCCGUGAGCAGCGCGAGGACUAUGACGAGGAGAGGAGCCAUAACCGGGAUGACAGACGAGACAACGGCUAUGACAUUGGGCGUAAUAGCAGAUCUCGUGAUUCUACUGCUUCAACGCCGGUCCCUCUUUCGAUCCCCUACACAACAGCUGCGUCACAGUUCCUGUACGGCCGCUCGGUGGUCGAAGCGGCACUGCGCGCCGGACGGCGCCAGCUCUACAAGCUCUAUGUGUACGGCGGUGCGCACCGCGGCUUCAACGCCAGAGGCACGCCGCAGGACCAGGGCGUCGGCAGAGCGAUUGAGCGGCUCGCCAAGGGCCGCGGUGUCAGCGUGCAGAUCGUCGACGAGCGCUGGCAGCGGCUGCUGGACAAGAUGAGCAAGGGCCGGCCGCACAACGGCUACGUGCUGGAGGCGUCGCCCCUACCGCAGCCACCAGUGACGGCGCUUGGAAAGUACACCGAUGGGACGGCUGCUGCAACUACGGAUGACGUGGCCUCCUCCCCCUUGACAAAAGGCGCUGGCUUCUCUGCCGAGGUGGGCUACCAGUCGCGCGAAGAGGCGAACGUCAACGGGACAGCGGUGUUUGUGGCUGUCGAUGCGGGUACGGCGCGCUACCACCGCCCACUGGUGCUGCUGCUCGACCAGGUGCUGGACCCGGGAAACCUGGGCGCGAUCCUGCGGUCGGCGAGCUUUUUGGGCGUCAGUGCCGUGGCCGUAUCGAAGCACAGCUCGGCGACGCUGACGUCGGUGGCGCUGAAGGCGUCGGCGGGUGCGGCUGAGGCGCUCUCUCUGUUCUCUGUUGAGACGCCAGCGACGUUUUUGGCGGAGUCGCGCAAGGCGGGCUGGAAGGUGUACGCGGCCGUGCCGCCGCCCGAUGGCUACGUGACGCGCGGCCUCCACGCCAAAACGCCCGUGCUGGACCUGGAUGGCCUCGAAGCGGCGGACCCGCUGCAGACAGAACCCAUCAUCCUGGUGAUGGGUAGUGAGGGCGAGGGUCUGCCGCGGGCGAUCCGGCGCGAGGCGGACGUGGAGGUCAGCAUUGCCAACCGGUCGGGCACCAAGGUGGUGGACAGCCUGAACGUCAGCGUGGCGACGGGUCUGUUGUGUGCGUCGUUGCUCAAGGGCUCGACGCAGGCUGUUGCCAACGCCAGGACUGAUCAUGAGGCGGCCUUUGAAGCAGCUCUGAAAGACGGGGCCACACCCGCAGAGGCUGCCGACGAAGAGAAGCAGGAGGUGGUCAAACCCCGUGACGAGCUGGGAAUCUUCUAA